AUGGCAAAAUCCACUAAAGUCUAUGUGGCGAACUUAUCUGAAUCUACAACCAAAGAGGAUCUUAGGGAAGUUUUUUGUUAUUUUGGAAAAAUAGCUAGCACUGUUGUUGUGAGAGAUGAAGAUGGAAAAUCAAAGUGUUUUGGAUUCAUCAACUUUAAGGAUGCCGAUGAUGCUUCUUGGAGUGGGAUGGCAGAUGAGUCUUUUAACGUUUCUAUGAGUGUCGACGGACUGGCCCCUUUUGAACAGAGUGACACUGGAAAGGAGCAGGAAGAGCGAUGUGACGUUGUUUUGGACAUUAGAAAUGAUGAGACGAGCAACAGAGGAAUUGAUAAUGGAAAGGAAAUAGAAAUAUCAGGUGCUUAUCAAGAAUAUCCUUGGAAGCGCAACUUCUAUAAACCAUCUUUGGUAUCCAUUGGGCCCAAGUACUCUAAAGAGGUUGAUCAAGUUAAGGACAAGGAAUACAAGAAUUUGUAUAUGAAGUCUUUUUUCGAAAGGGCAGAGGGACACUCGAUGGAAGAGUAUCAGGAAUACCUUAGGAAUGAGAUGAAAUUGUUGGACAAAGCCCGAAAUUAUUACCAGCAAAUUGGAAUUACCUACCCCCAUAAUGAUGAAGAGUUUGCAGAAAUGUUGGUGCUUGAUGGUUGCUUUGUGGUUGAGUUUGUUCUGAAAUGCAAGGAAGGCGGCAAUGGUGAUCCUCGCAAUAGCACUGAAGGGAAGAAAGCUCGUGAGGACAUGCUUAUGUUCGAAAAUCAACUCCCUUUUGAAGUCCUCUCUGCCAUUUAUAAGAAAAUCAUUGGCAAUACUAAAGAAGUUCCUAACUUCAUAAGACUGGUGAAAUUUGCUUUUGCCUCUUUAGCACCAAAGUUUAGCAUUAAUAACUUUUAUGACGACAAUAAACCUCAAAAACCCAUGGAUCUACUCCAUGUGGUCUACAGUCUUUGUCUUCCGAGAAAUGCCCAAGCCCUAAUUUCCCAAUCCGCAAAAGGGAACGAAGAAAAUAUGUGGCUAAAAUUAAACCAUAUGAACAGUGCGACAGAGCUUAAAGAGGUUGGAAUUAGCUUUGAAAAGAUUGGCCAAGUCUUCAAUAUGCCAAAGAAAUAUGAAAAAAUUCCAGCACUGAAAUAUCCCGGUGGCACUAGCUUGUUCGAUAUAACUUUCUAUAACGGGGUAAUGACCAUACCGUGCUUUAAAGUCGACAACUUCUCUGAAUUAUUCUUUCGAAACAUGAUAGCCAUGGAGCAGCGCUGCGACACACUAAACCCCAAAUACUUCACCGAUUACGCGAGGCUAAUGGACCACUUAUUGGACACCAAUAGAGACGUGAGUUUGCUUCGCAAGAAUGGGAUCAUUCAAAACCUCUUAGGGAUGUGGAUGAGCAUUCUCGCAAUAACUGGUCUUGUUUGAGCGGGUCAUCUUGUUGUUUGAGCAGUACAAGGAAUUAUUACUGCGUAUGGAAAGUGAUUUCUACUCUCUUGAUUACAGUCUCCUUGUUGAUUUUGGUAUUUCGUCUAAGUAACGAGUCUAAGACCUAUAAUAACUCUCCUCCCCCUCCCUAAAAUAUUUACUGUGUCUUAACUUUCAUCAUGACUAGUGUUUUUGUCCUAAUCUGAGUUCA